UUCUCGUGUAUGGGUGUCAUGGGUCCCGGAUUCGGAUUCAUGGCGUCUGGCUUAUUCUUGAGGUUCUACGUGGACGUCACGAGAGACAUCAAACACCUGGGCCUCACUUCAGGCAGCGCCGUCUGGGUUGGAGCAUGGUGGAUCGGAUUCCUGGGGUCCGGACUGACGAUGCUUACCAUUGGCAUCCCGUCCAUGUUCUUUCCCAAGCACAUGCCAAGCUACUACAGUUUGCUCGAGGAGAAGAAGAAAGAAAGUCGUCUAGGAAAGCACGUCAUGAAAGACACGUCCAUAAAACAGCUGCCCGGAGCUAUCUACGGAAUCCUCAGCAACGCCACUUUCUUAUCUCUCGCCUUGGCUGGAACCGCGGACUACAUGCUUACAAACGCUGUGACGCAGAUUUCGACGAAGUUCUUCGAGUCUCAGUUUGCCAUCAGUUCGUCGAAAGCUGCGGCUGUCUUGGGUGCAAUUGCCAUCGCCGGAGGAUGUGGUGGUACGUUCCUGGGUGGACACCUGGUGACGCGUCUAAACAUGUCCUGCGAAAGCAUCAUCAAGAUGUGCCUCAUCGUGAGCAUUGUGCCCUGGGUGUGCAUAUUCAUGUUCCGAAACUACUGCCCGGACCCAACCUUUGCCGUUAACAUCCCGGCAAUGCUGAACGGCUCGGACCCAUUCGUGUUUCCCUGCAACGAGCACUGCAACUGCCACAAGAGCGUGUACAACCCAGUGUGUUCGGUGGAUGGAACCGUGUUUUUCUCUCCCUGUCUGGCCGGAUGUGAAACACGCUUGGCAAAAGGAGGAGCGAGGGUGUACACCAACUGCAGCUGCAUAGUGCAACACGUACCCGAGAAGCUGCCCAACGGCACCUUCUUCAACGUGCAAGGUCGCCGCAAGAAGUGCAACACGGGCUGCACGCUUCUCCCUUACUUUACGGUCGGACUGUUCCUCGCGCUCUUCUCGAACUUCCUCAACUUGGCGCCGCUCGCCUCCGCUUUGCUCAGGGUGGUCACUCCUAAAGAGCGCUCGUUGGCUUUGGCCAUAAAGUGGAUCAUCGUGCGCAUCUUCGCGUCCAUUCCGGGUCCGAUGCUGUUUGGGCACGUGAUAGAUCGCAGCUGUCUGGUUUGGCAGUCGAUAUGCGGCCGCAGCGGCUCCUGUCUCUACUAUAACAACAAGUUGCUGGCGCACAACCUGUUCUACGUGCUCAUUCUGCUGAAGACGCUCUCCAUCCUGCUGUACGGACUCUCAUGGAUUAAGUACCGUGAGAACUUCCGCUCCGGCCGACGCGGCUGGCGAGCUGCUUGACGGAGAGAACAUCUGGCGUUGAAUUCCAACUAUCGCACCCUACUGC